CAGACAGUGACAAUCAUCACGCAUUCUCCUGCUCAAAGAGUAGCGCCUUGCAGGGGUAGAUGCUUUAACUAUCUUUCGCUCGGUUAAGUCAAGUCUAUAUACACAAUCUCUUUGAUGGCUAACAACCAACAAUCACCUCCAUCGCCUACUCCACCAUCACCAACCAUCGAGCUUCAGCCGAUGGACCAAAUGGUUUCUGAUGAACAGGCAACAGGAGCCAUCAAUGGACCUAAGACUCCUCAAAAUCAAACAUUUCCCACCCUUGAUCGUAGAAGGACCUUUCAAGAAAGGAAAAUUGGUCACCGACGUGUUGAUGAGACAGGACAAGUGACUUACAAAAAAAUUGAAACAAGUCAAAUUUGUGGUUCAAUACAGUUAGGUAUUGGUUAUGCCGUUGGUAGUAUUGCUUCGAAACCCGAGAGGGACUUAUUAAUGCAAGAUUUUGCUAUGGUCGAGACAACGUCAUUCCCAGCAUCAGGAAGUAAUAUUACACCAGCUCAUCAUUUUACUGACUUCAAAUUUAAAGCCUAUGCUCCAGUGGCAUUCCGUUAUUUUCGCGAUCUCUUUGGUAUUGCACCCGAAGAUUUCCUUCUCUCUGUUUGUAAUGAACCUAUGAGAGAGCUCUCAAAUCCCGGUGCUUCUGGAAGUGUCUUUUACAUAACAGCUGACGAUGAAUUUAUUAUCAAAACAGUUCAACAUAAAGAAGCUGAGUUUCUUCAAACACUUCUCCCUGGUUAUUAUAUGAAUCUUAAUCAAAAUCCUCGAACUUUAUUGCCGAAAUUUUUUGGUCUUUAUUGUUAUAUUUGUAGGGGCAAAAAUGUUAGAGUGUGUGUAAUGAACAAUUUACUACCAUCAUUUAUUAAAUUGCAUCAAAAGUAUGAUUUGAAGGGCUCAACAUUUAAAAGAAAAGCUAACAAAUCCGAAAAAAGAAAAGGAUCACCAACUUUCAAAGAUCUAGAUUUUUUGGAUCAUCAUCCAGAAGGAUUAUAUUUGGAAGCGGAAACUUAUAGUGCGCUUAUGAAAACCAUUAACAGAGAUUGUCGAGUUCUAGAAAGCUUUAAAAUAAUGGAUUACUCCCUUCUAGUUGGUAUUCACAAUUUAGAUCAAGCCAAUAGAGAAAAUAAAGAGCGAAUCCGUGACAAGAUGGCUUCAGUUGCCGCAGAAGCUGCUGCAGCGGCCCGUGGACGAGGUAUAAGUGAUAUGAAUACCGCUGGUAGUGAUGAUCUUAGCGAAAAUGAAGAUAAAUUAGGUGAUUUUAAACCAAUUGGUGGUUCUAAUGGGGAUGGUAAAGCAUCCAACCUCGCUAGAAGUAAAUCCAUAAAUCGUCAGAGACUUGCAGCUUACUCAACUGCUAUGGAAUCAAUUCAAGCUGAAACUGAGCCGAUUACCGAUUUCUCUUCAAACAGGGCUGGUGGUAUACCAGCUAGGAACAACAAAGGAGAAAGAUUACUCCUCUUCAUGGGUAUUAUCGAUAUUCUUCAAAGUUAUAGAUUAAAAAAGAGAUUAGAACACACUGUCAAGUCUAUAAUAACCGAUGGGGAUACAAUAUCUGUCCAUCGACCAAAUUUCUAUGCUCGAAGAUUUCAAGAUUUCUGUGCUGAUAAAGUGUUUAAAAAGAUACCAUCACUGGAUUUACCAGAAAUCAAAGGGCCUCAUCGAAAAUUUCGUACCUUGGUGUCUAGCUAUAUGGCUCUCAAGCAUUCACCGUCUAAAAGGAAGAAUACCUUCCAAAGAUUCCAAAAAUCAUCCACAUCAGAACAAGCUGAGAUUAACAAACCAAUUAGCCAAGUAUCCUCCAUUGAAUCAUCAUCUAAAGACGUUCCUAGCACAACGACACCAGGUUCAAAGCCAACCAUUCAAGCUCCUGCUAUAAUAUCACAACAGCAAAGUGCACGAUUCAUGCUGACAAAUCCCAUUGUUUCAAGUGUUUCUGCUGCCGCUGCCGAAGCUGCUGCCGCUGCUGCUUCCUCCUCCCUCACAGCUACAGCCAGUUCCACUGCUACCACUGCAAGUAUCACCGAAAGCUCAUCAUCACCAGCGUCAACCACAUCGUCACCAACUAACUCUUCCCGACACAAAUUACCCAUCGAAUCAUCUCCAAGUUUGAGGACCGUGGUAAUUAAACAAGCUGCUACUAGACAAAGUAUUAGUAUCGUUGAAAAGGGUGAAGCACCCACCAGCGUUACAUCAAUUAAUUUACAAACCGAUAGUAAUAGCAGUGUCACCUCUGGCAUUGGGUCAACCUCACGGACUCUGACAUGGACACCACCAUUGAGUGUGGAACGAAGCACACCAACCAACACUGAAGGAACACCAUCCUUGACAGAAUCAAGUGAAAGCAGUGAUAUUGUAAUGCCCACAACUCCACUCCGUAGUAUUAGCAGAAGGUCUCAUACAUCAACUCACUCAACUGAUUCAGGUGGAGAUGCUUUCGCUGACGAAGAAAUGGUAAACGGAGGAAAACAAAAUCUCUUAAAUAUUUGGUAAAUGAUGUCAACAUAUCUGCAGCGCUUGUUACUACUCUUAAACUGACUGGUUGCAUGUCAUUGGCACUUGGAGCUGGUUUCUCUUCAGGAUCUGAUUGAAGUCUUUCCCAUGGAUCGUCUUCUUGUGUGGCUAAUCUGUAUUUAAAUCUGAAGUUGGGUUCUUUAAUUAUUGUGUAAAGCCUCUCUGGAUGAUUGGUUAUAAUCCCAUCAACACCAAAUCUAUCAAAUCGAGAAGCAAAGGAAUAAGGAGAAGCAGAAUAAAACGAAACAAUGUUGAAAAUUAAUAUCAAAAAUAGAAAGAGAUAAAAAAAUUCGGUUUCAAAAAGUGUUCAAUUAUUAAGCUUACUUGAGAGAAGCUCUGAGAUUAUGAUGAAAAUCAAUUGUCCAAUGAUAAACUUUGUCAAUCACUGGAUCUGGAACCAUACCGCUCCUCAAAUCUCUUUUAGAUACAACUUCAUUCAACCUCCCAAGAUUGUAAAACGGUGAAAUGCAGUUUGAGCAACCAUCUCCAAGCCAAAUAUUUUUAACAAUCUCAAUCCGUUGCCACAUUGCAAUUACAUCUGAAACUUUAUCGUUCAUACCAACAUCCCAACCGAUUUUACUAUUUAAAUGGUCCAUUUCACUGCUUUCCAAUUCAUUUUGAAAUCCAAGCACAAAAUCAUAAUCAUAAACAUGACCAAUGGACAAGAGAAGCUUAAUUUUAGAUGUUGUUUUUCCAAAUUCAAAUAGAUUUGAAACCACUUUUUGAGCUAAAUCACUUCCAGCGUUGGCCUUGACAGAGGCAGGUAAUGAUGAAAUUUUGAGGUCAAGAAACAGUAGAGCCAAUUGUUUUUUGUAAUUUGGAUUCUCUGAUGAACAAAAACACAACAAGUAAACACAUGAGAAUAUUAUUAGCAACAUUGUCAACCAUGGGAAUCAAGGUAUUGUAAAAAACGUAAAAUACUUGUCAACAUCCAUCAUUAAAACUCACUUCAUCUCUCCAAAAUUGACUUGAUUAUUGGAUAAAUUAGAUUUAUUGAAAUUUGCAAAAUUUGUAGUCUUUACUGAAUUGAAAUUUUUUAGGUGUGACUAAAAAGAAAAUUAAAUUUAAAAUAAUUGA